GGUCUCAGAACCGUGCCCACCACGGUCUGCAGCCCGAUGGCUGGAACCUGUGUGUUCUCUUCUCCCCACUUUUAUCAGGGGCUGCCAAGCAGGGAAUCCACACAGCUCUGGCCUGGGGGACAGUUCCUGACUUUGGGCCUCGCCAGGGUCCAGGCUAUGGGGCCGUGGCAGGCACUGACAAGGAAGAGGGGGCAGAUGUGGCCGUGACCCAGCCCGGGUGGGCCGUCGAACCGGACAACAGCGAGACAGACCCCUCAGCACUGUGUUUUCUUGGCCUCUGGGGGUCAGUCCCAGACUCCGUUCCAUCUCUCAGUCUCCCCAAGGCCUGGAUGACUUCACUCUGUUUCUCCAAAGGGAGAACACAAAGAACCUCCAAAGAUCAACAAGGCAGGACAGGGAGUUGCUUCCCAAGUUGCUUUGUAAUUUUUCCCCUUAAGCAAAUUGUAAAAUUUCAGGAGAAGCUCUCAUUUUUCCCAUGAAGCAAUCCCAGAAUGAGGCCAAGGCGUUUUAAACUUGGUGAUCUCAGCCUUCCAAAAAGCCCAUGAGGGCAUUUUACGAGGUAGGUUGGCCAUUGUCCAGCCAAAUCCAGGCAUCCUUUCCUAUCUUUAUGUUUUCUUCCUGAAAAGUAAUGAUUGACCCACGUCCUCUGACACCUGGACCCUCCCAAGGGUCUGCAGUCACCCCGAGGGGACUGAUGAUGAUGCCCCUCCUCGCGGACAGAUAAAAAUGUGAGAGUCUAUGUGCCUUGCCCGGGGGCACAUGACAGGUCUGUGGCCCUGCCCAGGGUGGGGCACACGUCCACACGACCGUCCCGGGGACCCGCUGACUCUGCUCUUCCCACUCAGGCCACAUUCGGAUCUCGGACCUGGGUCUGGCCGUGAAGAUCCCCGAGGGAGACCUGAUCCGCGGCCGGGUGGGCACCGUCGGCUACAUGGCUCCGGAGGUCCUGAACAACCAGAGAUACGGCCUGAGCCCUGACUACUGGGGUCUGGGCUGCCUCAUCUAUGAGAUGAUCGAGGGCCAGUCACCAUUCCGGGGCCGCAAAGAGAAGGUGAAGCGGGAAGAAGUGGACCGCCGGGUCCUGGAGACGGAGGAGGUGUACUCCCAAAAGUUCUCCGAGGAGGCCAAGUCCAUCUGCAAAAUGGUGAGCUCCUGGUGAGCCUGCCCUGCGCCGAGAGCAGCAAAAGGGCUGAAGCGGGCAGGGUCGGGGUGCAGUAGGGCAGGAGUCGGGAAGCCCCCAAGCCAGAGGAGCGAGCACUCCUUGUUGUGGACUGGGGUGGUCGGCGAGGGCUUCCAGGAGAAAGCCCAAGGUGGGGGCAGGGAGGCUCCAGGACAAAGGAAAGGAGGUAGGUCCCCCCUUAGAGGGGAACCGCAUGAGACACCCUCCAUCCAGCUUUGGUGGGGAAAAUCAGCGUGGAAGAGAAAGGAGGUGAUCCCAACUGGUUCCCCGAGACAAAGGGAUCUUGGGGUAUCCCCUACCCUUGACCUUGGCCCCCUGCAGCCUCAAUCUCUGGGUCCCUGGGCCCUGGCUAAGGUCAGCAGGUGCAGCGCAGGUGGUGGGGUGGUGAUAUUUUCAGUCUUUGAACAUCUCACAACAGUUUUCCUUCCACUACAUGGAAUGCUGGUCACACUGGCUUAGGUCCCACAUGACAGCAGUCUAUGAGUACUGGGAUUUGAUUGUUCAUGGGGGAGGGCACAGGUGGGGAGUGACGUUUAGACAGGCUGGGCGGGCAGGGCCAAACUGCGGGGCCGGGAGGCUGGAUGGAGGAAGCAGUGAUGGGAGCCAUCAAAAGCGAAGCUGGGAAUGAGUCCGCCGCGGCCCGCUGCCCUUCCCCUCAGCCCGGGUAGGCCCACCCCUGGCCAGAGGCGGGCAGAUCCCAUUCUCACCUGGCUCUCAGGCUGCCAAGUUCUGCCUGCGUCCGCUUGGGGCCCUCCUCCCUCUGGUGCCAGGCCCAGCUGUGCUGUACCCCCACCGCUGGCCACUGCCCUCCAGUGCCGGCCACGAGGGGACAGGAGGGCCUGAGCACCGGGGACCCGGGAGCCCACAGACUUCCUAUCACUGGGGCACAGCAGAUGAGCAGGGCUGAGGCUGGAGGCUGCCCUCCCUGCCCCCUGUGCGUGUGCAUAAACCACGAGGCUGGAGUGUGAGAAGCACAGGCCCGAGGAGCUGAUUAAGGUAGCAAAGCUUCUGCUUCCAGAAAAGCCGAGGCUGCCCUGUUAGUGGCCUGGGAACCAUGUGGUGUAGCUCCCCGCCCUGAGGAGUUCCCUCUCCUGGAGCCGUCCACCUGCUGUCUGACCACUUCCUCCCACCCGCUUCGGUCUGGUGUCACAGAGCCAUGGGAACAAGGAUUUGGGGCAAGAGCUACCAUUUGACCACUUCCAAAAAAGAGGAACCAUAUAUCUGCCAUUACGUGUGUGGGGGACCCUGAAGGAGGGAUGGCGUGUACACAUGCAAACACCCACCCAAACCACACUGCCGUGGACCCGGAGUCUAUCCCGUGGGACCAAGCUGGGCGAAGGAUAGAAGAGGGAGGUCAUCAGCCAUGGUCAGAGCAUCUCCAAAUGUCCCAGGUCAGGGUCGGGGACUCAGAGAAGCAGAGCAGCCCCGGCAGGACAUGGGACAUGCAGAGGGAACAGAGAGGCGGAGAGGGCCCCCUCUCUGCCCACUGUUGCUGUCGUCCUCCUUGGUGCCCGGCUUUGGGGCUCUAGGACCAGGGGCCCUACUGGCCCUCUGCUGCCCCCUGGUGGCCACCAAGGGAAAGGCGGUGAGCUGAGCCUGGGGCGCUGGACCCACAUUGGCCCAUUGGGUGUCAAGUGUCAAACCAGUGUCCCCUCAUCUUUCUCCACUGGAAGAACUGACAAAGCCUUCUGGCCUUGCUUCAUCUUCUUACAAAUGACCAUGGGGUCUUAGGAUUCUAGCCUUGGGGCUUCCUGGCACCCCUCACCCCAGCCUGUCUGGCAGCCAGGCCCUGUCCCCUCCAAGAGGCACCAGCUCAGGACACAGCAGGGCCUGACUCUGAGGAAAACAUGAAGGCUCGGGGCACAUUGGGCUGUUUCUAGACUCCGGAAACUCGAGCCCUGCCUGUCCAAGAAGACCACUCCCUGCUGCCAGUUCCUUCCCCCAUUCCAUCUUGGCAGCCACAAGACCCUCUCCACUGCCCCUGAUGUCCAGAAAUUCAUGCAUGUCACUGCCCUGGCCUCUGGUCCAGUCCCUAGGCCCAGACCUCAGCCCCACCUCCUGUAGGGCCCUGCUGAGUCCCAGCACUGGCCCUUCAGCCACCUCAGCCUCACUGGCCUUCCAGCCCAUCCCUUCUCUUCCAGGACGCCCACCCUGCCUGCGCCACUUGCCCAGCUCACACCACUUCUCUUGCUUCUCCCGGUGUACACUCGAUGUCCAAGUUGCAAACAGGCAGCGUGUUGGUGGAUGUGCAGCCUGCGUGGUGUUUUAGAAAGAGGUGAAUGGUGGGUUCGUUGCCAAGAUUUAAAGUUGGAGAGAUUUCACAUAAAAACCUGGAUUUUCAGCCCUGGGCCCUGGUAGGAACUGAUGGGUAGCCUGGCACAGCCCACCCAGCCCACUCGGCCUUUAUUGUCCUUGCUUGUGUCUUCUGUCUGGCCGGCCCCCGCAGGCUCUGGGGUCUACAGCUGGGAGGUCCAGCUUCUACCCAAGGAGCCUUGCCUCUUUGGGAUUUCUCAGAGCAGGGAGGAGCCUGGCCCAGCAGAGCCGACUCCUGGAGCCUUUGUGGAAAGGCAGAAGCACUGGCGAGGAGAAGCUGAGGCCCCGAGCCACCAGCUCGCUGGGCAGAACCGGCCUGGGUGGUCACGGGACCACAGUUGACAGCGAUUCUCAGGGCUCAGUCCUUUCUAGGCUGUGACCUAGUGCUUGCCCUGGUGCCACCUUUGAUUCCUUUGUUUGAAGGGAAAUGGGGGGCAGGGGAGUGGUGCCUGCAAGCCUCCCCCUACAGACCAUGAGCCCCAGGAGGCCCGCUUGCCCACUGGCUGUCCACCGCAACUCCAGCCCACACGGCUGGCGGCAACUACGUGUGGAAGGAAAGCACACAGAGGGUGCCAGGGUAUCGGAGGGGGAAAGGGCUGGACUCCCUCUGGGCUGCAGGCCAUCCACCUUGAUUUUAGUCUCAAAGCAAGCAGGAGAUUCCAACCGCAUGCCAGGUGCAGUGCUCAGUGGGGCAGGGGAAGAGAGAAGCAGGAGAGACUGCAGGAGAGGGGCUGACACCUGGUGGUCAGCUGCCGGUCCUCCAGCAUCACAGCC